AUGAGUGAGGAAGCGAGUGGUCCGUCUAGUGCGAAGAAAGCGUGUAAGGAUUUUUCUGAUUUUAUUAAUUUUUCGCAACUGUGUCGCUACACCUCUACCUUCGAGGAGUGUGUCCAGUUUGGACAGAAGUGGGGAUUGUUCCCGAGGUCCUGCUUAUGUCCCAGCUGUGGUGACAUUUUGGACACAGUCCAUUAUUCGAAGAGGGGCAACGCGACACAGGCGCGAUUUCGGUGCACCAAGCGCGCCUGCCGAAAAUAUAUAUCGAUAACCAAGAAAACUUGGUUUGAAGGAGCCAAAGUUUCGUUCAAAAAAAGCCUUUUUCUAGCCUACUGCUUCGUCAACCGCAGUAGUUACGACACCGCCAUCCGCGAAACGUCAGGACCAGACUUUGACGACUGCGAAACCAGUUCGGAAACGGUGGCCGAUCUGUACAAUUAUUGCAGAGAGGUCAUCGUUGAAAGUCUCUACUGCGGUGACGAAGUGCGGCAGAUUGGUGGGGCCAACUACAGUGUCGAGGUCGACGAAGCCAAGUUUGGAAAACGCAAAUAUAAUCGCGGGAGGGUGGUCGACGGCCAGUGGGUGUUCGGCGGCAUUUGUCGCGAGACCAAGGAGUGCUUCCUUGUCCCAGUACAAGACCGCACCCAGGAUACCCUCGUCAGUCUGAUUAAGAAGCACGUCGCUCCAGGUACCAUAAUCUACAGCGAUUGUUUCAAGAGCUACGAGUGCCUGGAGCGAGAGGGUUUCCGACACCUGACCGUCAACCACACCGAAAAUUUCGUCGACCCGCAUACCGGCGCCCACACCAACACCAUCGAAUCAACCUGGUGGGCAGUGAAGAAGAGUUUGCGCUCAUCCCACACCCAGAAGCAGCACUUCGCUGCCCACCUGGCGGAAUAUAUUUGGCACCGGCAGAACGCCGAUGCCAAAUGCAAGUUUGUACGUUUCCUGAAGGAGAUUUCAAAGGUCUACCCAGGACUGGACGCAUGA